AUGGUACAUUUUGACUCGACUGUACAGGUCUGUCCAUUCUUUCAGCUUGAAAGUCCCAUCGCUAUCAGCACAGAAUCGUCUUGCGCCGAUGAUGGCCAACUCGGCCGAGACCAGUUGCCCGACUUGUACAGCUUUCCAUCCACUGGCGACGAUAGUGACGAUAGUGACGGCGAAGACUCUGUUUGGGUUAUCAAUCCUACCUAUACCAGGGAGCCUGAAAAACCUGAUGCCACAAGUUUCGUGCAACUCUGCGGACUUCGUUUGUCCAGCGACAAUAAGCUGAUAUGUGGCUCUCUUGCUGUCGCAGCUACCACUGGUACACAGUCUGCUGCCUGCCGAUUCACCUUUGACGGUUGGGAAACCGUCUCCGAGGUGUGCGCAAUGCCCACUCGUCAAGCGGAACAAGGGAUGGGAUACGACUGGUUUCAUUUCGAGGUCAACAUCUCUGGACUUGCACACCUGAAGCGCCGUAGCUGCAUCUUGUGUGUUCGCUGCAUCAUCGACGGGCAGGAGUACUGGGAUAAUAAUGCCGGUUCAAACUUCCGGGUUCACUUUAUACGGCAGCAUCAUCAUCGCCGUCAGAAGCAGGGUCAACAACAGCAUCAUCAGACACGGCAACAAAACAUAGUUGAUACAGCGCGGUGGCUCUGUCCACUGACGACAGCUAAAUCUUCUGCGCCAGCCACGGAUUAUUUCGACAUAUCCUGUGCAUCUUACGAGGAUAUUAUCGACAAAUAUUGUUUUGUAUGUAUAUGA